AUAAAACAAACUUAAAAAAAGUCUCGUCUAGUCUUCACUUUUGUCUACUCACUCAUCUCUUUCUUUUUCGUCUUCCUUAUUUUUUUUUUCUUCUCUCUCGUUGCAGCCAUGGAUUCCAAUCAUUCCAUAUCCCCGAGACAGCAAGAGAAUCAGAAACCAUGGCAGGGGCUGCAAUCUCCGAAACCCGUGGCUAGAUCCGAACCCGGGAGCCCGUACCCGACAACGUUCGUCCAAGCCGACACGUCGUCGUUCAAGCAAGUAGUCCAAAUGCUGACAGGGUCCUCGGAGACAGCGAAACAAGCGUCCUCGAAACCCGCGGCGAACCCGACCCACAGCAUCCCGCCCAUGAAAUCCGUUCCGAACAAGAAGCAACAGUUCAAGCUGUACGAGCGGAGGACGAACUCCCUGAAGAACAACCUCAACAUCAACCCCCUCACCUCGUUUUUCUCGCCUCGCAAACCCGACAUGCUCUCCCCCAGCAUCCUCGACUUCCCCGCACUCGUCCUGAGCCCCGUAACGCCCCUCAUACCCGACCCGUUCGACCGAUCCAACGCGCCUCCUUCCCUGGACUCCGAAGCCGAAGAUAAAGCCAUCAAAGAGAAGGGUUUCUUCUUGCACCCCUCUCCCGCUUCUACCCCCAGAGACGCCGAACCCCGCUUGCUCCCUCUCUUCCCCACCACCUCUCCCAGAGCCUCAGCUCCUUCUCCUUCUUCUUCCACCGCCGCUUCUUGAAUCGCUUCUCUUUGUUAUUGCCCCGUUUCGGAUUUUAUGUAAGAUUCUUAUAUAAUUUCUGUUUUAUUAUUGCCAUUCAUGCCGGUUAGAGAGAUCCGUUCAGAAUUUGUAAUGCUUAUCGAGAGAAGGGAAUAAUCCUGCUUUAAUUGUAUGUAUAAAUUAUGCCGUUUUCCCAAUCUCCACUGUUUCUCCUUCGUUUGCAACAAGGUUGAUUUAUUUCCUCCAGGAAAAAAAAAGAAAGAAAAAGAGUUGAAUUCAAGAAUGUGAA